AAAACUCCUCCUCACCCCGCAUUUCCUCAAACCCAAUUCUUAACCCUCAUCUUUCUCAUCUCUUUGAAAUCUCAACUCUCUCUUUCUCUCCCUUUCUAAUCUCUGUUUAUUAAUCUGCUUUUUUGAUAAUUUAUUGUUGCGAAAAUGGCUCAGAAGACGGAGAAAGAGGAGACGGAGUUCAAGGUCGUCCGCGAGACUAUUGCGCCGUGCGUCAACAACUGCGGCGUUUCCGGAAACCCUGCCACCGGCAAUCUCUGCCAGAAAUGCUUCGACGCCGUCUCCACCUCCGUUUCCGCCUCAUCGGUGACGAUUCCUCAUAAAUUCUCCGACAAAUCUCCUAGAUCUACCGUUCAGAGGUCGUCGCCGGAAACAACGCGUCCAGGUGUGAAGAAACAGGAGGAUCUGAGGUUAACAGGCGGCGAUGAUAGUUCGCCAGCUCCGCCUAGGAGAGAGGUGAGCCGGUGCUCUGGUUGCCGGAGAAAGGUAGGAUUAACCGGAUUCCGAUGCCGUUGCGGCGAGCUUUUCUGCGGCGAACAUCGGUACUCUGACCGACACGACUGCAGCUACGACUACAAAGCUGCUGGCCGAGAGGCGAUCGCCCGAGAGAAUCCAGUCGUGAAGGCCGCUAAGAUCAUCAAACUUUAAACUGGAAAAAUUACAAACACGAAUCUAUGCAAAACAGGAGGAGGCCAUAAAGAAACUUGGAUCUAUUCGCUGUGGUUGCUGUUAUUCGAAGGAAUUAUCUCCCUCAACGAAGAAAUGAAACAAGAAGUGGGGAGAAAUUCGAAAUUAAUUGUCCAUUAAAAAAAAAAAACAAAUCCGUUCCUUGGAUUGUUAGUGAUUAAUCUUUAUUAGUUUUCUUGUUUUUCUUUGAAUAAUAGUAGAUUUUAAAAAGGGAAAUACUGUGAUUUUACGAUUGGUAAUUAAUUUCAGUAAUUGGGAUUGUGACGUGAACCUAUGAAUUCAAAUUUCUUCCAUCUUCCUCAA